AGCCAAGUUGGACGGCGUAAAGACAUAUAUGCGCAUGCGGCGAGUGCCGACUCAUCUGCAGGUGAAGGUGAUCAAGUGGUUCGACUACCUGUGGCUGACGCAGAAGUGCUCCGACGAGGAGAAGGCCGUCUCCUGUCUGCCUGACAAGCUUAAAGCGGAGAUCGCCAUCAAUGUCCACCUGGAUACACUGAAAAGGGUGGAGAUCUUUCAAAAUACAGAAGCAGGGUUCUUGUGCGAGCUGGUAUUAAGAUUACGGCCAGUGCUGUUCUCACCUGGUGAUUUCAUUUGUAGAAAAGGUGAAGUCGGGAAGGAGAUGUACAUAGUGAACCGAGGGAAACUCCAGGUGGUAGGCGACAACGGCAAGACUGUCCUAGCAACACUCAAGGCGGGUUCUUAUUUUGGCGAAAUAUCCAUUCUGAACAUGGGCACGGCAGGAAACCGGCGGACAGCAUCAGUGCGGUCCGUCGGCUACUCGGAUUUGUUCGUGCUCAGCAAGAAGGACAUGUGGGACGUGCUAAAGGAGUAUCCAGCUGCAAGAGUACGCCUAGAAGCAAUAGCAGUCAAGAGACUUGAAAAGUAUAAAAAAGCACCUUUGGAGAAAGUGGCAAUGGGUCGCUGCCAGUCAACGCCCGGCCUCGUGGAGACCAGUGGGCGUAUUCCUAUAGAGGAUAUGCAGCUCCCACCAACAUCGACAGUGCCACCUAUGCACCCCUCACAUCCGCCUUCCUACCGGGACCAGCUUUAUAGUUCGUCAGUAAGCCCUCUUCGUGUAGCAUCUCCUGUAGCAUCGUUAGCAUCAAGCGUCAGAAGCAGUGCAGCGGGCGGCGGCAGCGUGGCAGCAGGCAUGGCGCCUCGAGUACUGCUUGACUCGCACGAAGUGCUAGAGUGCGAGAUCAAGCGGCUCCGAGAGCGACUGUACACAGUGGAGACGGAGAACGCCGCCAUGUCCGCCAAACUGAGCCAGCAACAGUGGGAAGUGGACCAGAGGUUACAAGAGAUUGAGAUGCAGAUUUGCGGCGGCAGUUCGCUCAGCUCUCAGGAGGAAAACGAGCGAAACCGCGAGAGCAUUAUUUAACAGCGCGCCUCCCCCGCGCCCUUGCGCCCGUUGCCGCCACUCCCAGUGCUGCAAUCCUCCAUCGUAUACUAAACCCAUAAACUUUACGUGUAGCAACCCCAAGCUCUCGACAUCUUCUUCAAACCUAACCCCUUUACCAUGAUGUUCGAGUGACAGUGAACCUUUUACGAAGACUCAGUGUUUGUUAUGGUGAGUAAACAUUAUUAUUGGUAUAUUAAAAUACGAAUUAACUUUAUCAAAUUUAUAUAUACUUAGUAUAUACAACUCGCCAAUAUUGUCGAGUGCCGCGGAGUGAGAUUUUGCCGAGACAAUAUUUAUAAACUGUUUAGAUACAUCGAGAAGUGUCGAAUGCGUGUGUCGUUCCGCUAUUUCCGAUGUUAAAUUGGGCGUAUGUCCUAUAGGGCAAAUGUUUCGUUGUAACUUUUUCGUAAUUGGUAUGUUCAACGACAAAAUAACCUGGACAAAUUCGAAGUUCAUAUCUAUCCUAUACGGUAAACAUGUACAAGUUUUGUAGCUGAUCAUACCAUUAUUAUUCAGUUAAAUUUCAACUUACCUUGUUCAGUUAUUUAAUAAGUAAGGAAUUCUACUUAUUCGUUGUGAAUUAUUGUUUCACUGUUUUUGCUCAUGGUAUCUAAUGGCGAAAUGUUUCACUCGAGUUGGAAAGUUUGUUGUACAAAGUUUGCCGUAUUGUGAAAUUACUAACUGGAACUAUGUGCCAAACGAGAGGCCAAAGUGUAUGUGUUAUAGAUAAGAUUUUGAGUUCACUGUUAAAGAAUUGAGAAAUUGAUAUUUUCCUUAUCCUAAAUGGAUAUAUUUGAGCUUUAAUUAUAAUAAAAUCUUGGAAGACUCAAUCAAACUUUCUUAUUAUUGCGUUGAGCUUUUGUUAUAUGAUCUAAUCUGUAGUAUUUAGUUCAGGCAUCAUCAAUAACUUUGGUAUCUUAAUCUAUGUAUAAUAUAUUCGUGAAAUAUUUAAUUCUGAAACAGUUUUGCCCAAUAUAAUAAAGUAAAACUUGACCAUAGAAAGUUGUAAUUUGUUAUAUAAAAAUGGAUUAUUAUCUAUGUAAUAAGGAAUGUAGCUUAAAACUGAUAUAGAGUCAGUUUUGAUAAUUUAAAAUCACUACUGCCAAAUAAAAUUUAAGUAGAUAAAACAAAGUGUUUUAAUGUAAAGAUAUUAGUGAUGACAAGAACGUUUUGUACCUAAUAUUCCUUCUAUUUAUCUAAAUUCGUUUGAUAAGAUGUAGCAUCUAUGUGGUCUACAGUAACGAAUUCAAUUGUUGAAUCAUAAUUUUUCUGAUAUUUUUUCGAAUGUUCUAAAAUGGUACCAAAAAUACGAAAGAAUAGUGAUUAAAUAUUUAGGUCGUUAUCUGUGAAGUUGGAGUUUUGUAAAAAUAACAUCUUUUGAAAUUAUCUAUUUCACUGGCGUUUUUUAUAACAAUUCAAAGAAAUCACAAGGUUAAAGGACACCUUUUUUAUAAUUAAUUAUUGUAAAAUAAGGUUUUUUUGUUGAGAAACGACGUCGAAGUUACUUUUUAACGUUUAAUUACGUCAUUUGUAUCGAAUCGACAAUUUCAUAGAUAAAAAACCUAAAUAAAUCAUCUGUAAGAAAAUUUGUAAAUAGUCAUUCUAAUAUCUAUAAAAUCGUGUUUGUAAGCUAUUUUCAUUGAUGCGAUUAUGUUUGAAGUCAAGAGUGGAAGGAGUUGUUGCGAGGAAAACGAAGAACCUUUGUAAGAAGCAAUGGAUUAUUCUGAUAAAAUUACAUUAUUAAACAUGUUACUUUAUGAUUUCAUAUAGCAAUAUAGUGCUGAAACUGAUGGAGUUUUAUAUUGUUUAUACUGUAUAUAAAUUAUGUAUUGAAAAUGUGGCAGAAAUAUAUAUUAUAUAGAUUUUUUCCGUUCUGGUCCUCCUCUUGCUCUAUAAAAAAAUGUAAUUUAAAAUAAUCCCAAACGCCCAAUGGUAUGAAUAGAUAGGCGAUACGAAUUUUAAGUGUAAAUAAAAUAUUUAUUUAUUGUUAUUAUAUUCCAUAAAUUUUUCUUCUUACAUAUUUCUCGAUUAUAAAAAUGAUAAGAGAGAUGCAUUAAUUGAAUAUAAAUAAAUACUGAACGAAAACUGAAGUGCUUUUUAUCAUUAUAAUUGCGUAGUUAUUACUAUUGAACAUAAACAUGGUAUCGUUGAAAAGACAGUGUUCUAUAAAAAUGCUAUUCGGUUACAUGUCUAAAACAAAAACCUUAAAAACACAAGAUUAUAGAUACCAGCGAGUAUUAAUAGGUAGAUUUUGCUUUAUAAACUUAUAGAGCCAAAAUGUAUUGUCAAACGCUAUUAUUACAAUAAUCAGUCACCGCCAAAACCUUUAUACCUACAUCAUUUUACCCAGCUUCAUUGAGAUUUAGGGUUCAGUUAUAGUGCAAAAUUUUUGUUUUGGAGAGCUGUCCGUCGAAGGAAGGAGUUUCAUUUAAAAUCAAAAGGACAAAAUCCGAACCUCUAAAGGACUAAAUGACCCACUAUUUUUGUAUGUCUUUUUGACAGGGCACUAUUCAUGUAUUCAACUAUUUUAAUUGCAUAACAAUAUUAUAAUUAACUGUUUUUCACUGCUUAUAUUACCUCCAAUAGAUCAAUAAAUUAAAAACAUCUGUUCAAGUCGUUAUGUGAAAUAGUAAGACACAAAUCAAACCUUAAGUACGAUCACAAAACAAUAUUAUUCAAAUAAAUUCAUGACUCAAUGAAUGACAUUUAUUUUUAAUGACAAAGCCAUGGAGGUGACAUAACCGAUUGAACUUAAUACAAUCGAUAUUCAAGAGGACAGAUAUGGAAACUUUAUUUCCUUGGAUCGCGCGAACGUUCCAGCGAACUCAUUAAACUUUUCCAACUUUAUAAGCUUGUCGCCCCGAGCGUAUCAAUUGAAAACUAUUUCCAGGUUCGUUUGGCUGCGAAAGACGUAUUAUUGAAAUAUUCAAGUUUCAUUUGAAUCCACAACAAGCGAAGGAGGCAGUGUGAAGUUAUACUUUAUAGCUGUUGAACAGUCUUUUGCAAAAGUUUUCUUUGUUUUAAGCCAAUUUUCAUAAUAACGCACAUAACUAACUUAAUUUGGUAAAUAUAUAACUUUCAGGAAUUUAUACAAUUAGACAGUGUUAAAUUGUGAUAUGUGUUUGUGAGAUUUAUGUUAAAUCGUAAUGUGGUAGUGUUCUUUACCGUUACGACUUAUGCCUGCCGUAUUGGCUAUUUGUGAACAUGACAACAGUCUGUCCUUAUUAUGAUUUAUAAGAAAUGAAAAGGAUUACAAGUUUACAUAGAGCAAACACGAAUAGCCAAGUAAAUUGUCCGCAAAAAGUUCAAUACCAAGUUAGCAAUCACUGUUAAAAGAAUUAAGCAUACUCUUCCCUGACCUGAAUACGAAUGGCAUUUUUAUAACAAUAAUAAUAAUACAAUCGACAAUUAUAUCGAAAGAAAUGCGAUUAUUUUUAGUAAUUAUAAUUAUUGUAAGUAAUUUAUUUACCUUCAUAAUUGGACCUGAUCUGAUGAUGCAGAAUUGUAUGAGGUCAAGAAUUGGUCGGUAGUGUGUUGCAGUAAAAGGCUUGUGCAUCUUAAAUUGGAAAUUCAAUUAUGUAUCGCACAUGAUUCAUUUUAUUGUUAAUAAAAAGAUUAAAUAAUAUAAA